AUGGGGAUUUUCCUAGCUUUUGGUCUUCACGCCCUCCUCGCUGGCGCUCUUCUUGUAACGUCGUCGUCUCUGUCGGGGUUGCAGAGACUAACCCUCGGGGAGUCUAUCUCCGUUGAGAGACCAGGCGACGUGUUGGUCUCGGCUGGGGGGACCUUCUCCGCCGGCUUCGUCCCCGUCGGCGAGAAUGCUUACGGCUUCUCCAUCUGGUACACCCACGCCCUGCAAAAGACGGUAGUGUGGAUGGCGAACAGAGAUAAGCCGGCCAACGGCAAGCACUCCAAGCUGUGGCUCCACAACGACGGCAGCCUCGUCUUGUUGAGCGGCGGCGAGGGGAAAGUGUGGGAGGCGGGCGCAGGGUUGGGGUGGGACGUGAUUUCCCUGGAGCUGCUGGAGACAGGCAACCUGGUUCUCACCAACCGAACUGGCAAUGUGGUCUGGCAGAGCUUCGCCUCACCCACCGACACCCUCCUCCCUGGCCAGAAGCUCACAAGGAACACUAUGCUGUUGUCAGAAAGAGCCGCCGGGGACUAUCGUUCGGGUUUCUACAACUUCAAAUUUAACGACGACAAUGUUCUCUACCUCAUCUACAAUGGCCCCGAAAUCUCCAGCGUCUACUGGCCUCCGCAGGACACCACGAUUUAUAACCAAGGAAGGACCAACUUCAACAGCAGUAGAGUGGCAAUUCUCGACGACAAGGGUUUCUUCCUAUCCAGCGACCAUCUAAACUUCUCGUCGUCGGAUUACGGGCCCGGACCUAGUCGCCGGUUAACACUUGACCACGACGGCCUCCUCAGGUUGUACAGUCUGAACGAGUCAACGGGGGAUUGGGCGGCGGUGUGGUUGCCGGAUAUUGGGGUGUGCGAGGUUCACGGCCUGUGCGGGGCGUACGGCAUCUGCACGUACUUGCCGGAGCCGAUGUGCACAUGCCCGCCAGGUUUCCACCGAGCCGACCCGGAGGACUGGUCCAGAGGCUGUCGGCCGGAGUUUAAUCUGACCAGCGCGAUGGGAAGCGUCGACUUCAUAAAGUUUCGUCACACAGAUUACUACGGAAACGACCUCGAGUACAGAAAUAACGCUACCUUGAAUAGUUGCAGAACGGCCUGCCGGGAUGAUCCCAGAUGCCAGGGUUUUGGCAUCCGGGGGAAGAAGUGUUACCCCAAGUACGCCCUUCUUAAUGGCCAGCGGACGCCUAGUAACUCAAACAGGUUGUACAUCAAGGUGCCUGCGUCGACGGGCGUCAGAAAAAAAGAUGGUGGGGCACUGAUACAGUCCGGGCUGACAUGCUCGAACCAAUUGGUCCGUAUUUCCAGCGGGAAACGUCGUCCGGACGGUGCCAAGAGCCCCUACCUGAAAUACUUGGUCGGAUUCGUCGGGGCUCUCGGCGCAGUGGAGGCGGUCAUAAUAAUCCUGGGUUGGAUAUUCAUCAGGAGGAUCCACCGGAGCCUGGGUCCGGCGGAGAUGGGCCACAGAUUCCAACUUGCAAUUGGAUUCCGGCGGUUCACCUACGCGGAACUCAAGGCGAUGACGAUGAACUUCAGCGAGGAAAUUGGGAGAGGAGGCUUCGGAUCGGUCUACAGAGGCCUGCUGGAAGACGGCAAGACGCCGGUGGCUGUAAAAAGGCUCGAAGGGGUCACACAAGGGGAGGCUGAGUUCUGGGCGGAGGUCGCAGUCAUCGGGAGGAUCAACCACAUGAACCUGGUGAGAGUGUGGGGGUUCUGCGCCGAGGGCAAGCAUCGUCUCCUGGUGUACGAGUACCUGGAGAACGGAUCUCUCGACAGGCUGCUCUUCGCCUCCGACGCCACCAAGGUAUUGAACUGGGAGAAGAGGUACGCCGUUGCGGUGGGGACGGCGAUGGGCCUCGCCUACCUGCAUGAAGAGUGCCUGGAGUGGGUCCUUCACUGUGAUGUGAAACCCCAGAACAUCCUCCUGGAUGAGCAGUACAGGCCCAAGCUGGCUGAUUUCGGAAUGUCCAAGCUUACAGAGAGGGGCGCCGCUGGGGGUAGCGGUCCCCGUGGGAAGUGCGAGGUCUCCAGGGCGAGGGGAACGAGAGGGUACAUGGCCCCGGAGUGGAUGGUGAACCAAGAGAUCACUGCUAAGGCGGACGUGUACAGCUUCGGUGUGGUUCUGCUAGAGCUGGUCACCGGGAAGAGCGCGACCGGCGUCUCGGAGGGGCAGUGGAACCACUUGAUCCGCUGGGUGGAGGAGAAGAUGGAGGGGCUACAUGGGAUGGACCAGAUGGUCGACGAAGGACUCAACGGGGGAUACGACGAGGUGCAGGCGGAGCUCGUGCUCCGGGUCGCCUUGCUCUGCGUGAGGACCAACAAGGAUGAGAGGCCGGCCAUGAGCACCGUCGUGGGGCUUCUUCACGGCGACCUCUCGCCGGACGACGAGUCUUCGCACGGUUCUCUGGCGUAA